AUGGUGGCACCCCCAGGUGAGGCUUCGGCCGCGCCAGCCCCGAAUCUCUAUUGUGUUGGUCAAAAUCCUGGUUAUUUGUUGUGUGGGACGGGGGGGUGGUUGAACGCCAAGACGCGGGCUCAAUCGGGCCAUCCACCUGCGGCCGCCCUCAUCGUCGGUCUUCUUGACACUGUCUUGACACCGGGCUCAGGUGUGGAGGAGGAGGAGGAGGAGGAGGAGAGAGUGUAG